AUGCGGCUGGAACUGGCGGGAGCCUGCUGGAACAUCCCGGAACUGGCGCAAGGCUCUUCCAGCCUGCUGUCCACAUUCAAAGACCUUCUGCUCUAUGAGAGCGAGCAGAUGCUGCUGAGCAGCACCGCGCUCUUGGGGAGCGACGACAUGCGGCCCUUCGGGAACGUGAACAGCGUGCUGGCGGAGACCUUUGGUCCGGGUGGCAUUGUGUCGUCGUUGCGGAAGGGCGGCUCGGGCCUUCACCGGAACAUCGACAAGCCGCUGAUCUCGGGCUGGUACACGCUCAAAGGCAAGGAGAGCAAGUAUAACAUUUUCGUCGCCAAGAAAGGCGAGUACCCUCCAGACCAAGCCAUGCGGCGCAUGUACAAGGAGUACUUUGGCAGCGAGCCGCCGGACUUGAAGGUCCUGGUCAAUGGGAACAUCCGCCCGAAGUUGGAGGAAUUGGCCAAGAUGGAG